AUGAAUCUUACAUAUAUUGUACCUUUAGCAACAAUGUCAUUUAAAAAUUAAUAAAGUUUUAGUUUGACUCAUAUCAAUAUCAUAAAAUGUUCGAUGCCAGAAUUAACAGGAUAUUACUGCUUGGAUUAUACAGAACUUGAGAACAAAUACUUAGAAUUGAGUAGCAAUCAAAAUAUUUUUUCUUCUAUAUCAAUUUAUAUUUAUUCUUGCUAAGUUAUAGAUAAUAUAAAAAGUUUUGUUCCAAAUAACUGUGCAAAUUAAACUGAUAUAAAUAACCUUAUUGAUGGAAAUACAGCUUAACUUAAUUUAAAGAUAUAUACUUAAUAAUACAAUAUUACUAGCAAAUAAUAUUAAGUUGGCUUUAAAAAUGAGUUUAUGUAUACAUAAUCAAAUUAAUAUUUUUUGCACACUGUCAAAGCACAAAAUUAAAUUACAAAAGUAAAGGAUGGCUUUAUUAUUCAAUCAGAAUAGUAUAACUCUAGCCCAAUAAAUUAUGAAAUUUAGAGUUAAGUUUUCUCAAACUCAAAUGAUAGUCCUUACUUGUAAGUAAACUUGCAGAUUGAUGAAGCUGUUUUCUAGGUUUUGAUUUAGUUUGCUACAUUUCCAGAAAUACUAGCUCUUGUUAACAGUGCUUUUAACUUACUUAUUAUGUUUGGAUUUUUUUGCAAAAGAUUUUCAUAGAAAGCAAUAUUAAAAGAUCUAAUUCAAAUAUUCAGGUAGAAUAUGCACCAAAGCUGUUGCAAAGAAUUUCUAAAUUAAAGUUAAAUUCUUUAACAAAAUGGCUCUGAAAUCAGUAAAUAAGCAAAUCUUGAAAAAGAAGAAGAAAUCUUAGAAGAUAAAAAUUCUUUUACCAUUAAUGUUCCUAAUUUUAUGGUAAAAUCAAAAGAAAAUAUAGAAGUCAAUUAAACAAAAAUAUAAAGCCAAAAUAUUACAGUUGAUAUUUUUUCAAAUUUUCAAGAUGAAAUUCUGGAAACAAAUGAAGAAAAUUAAUAAAUUAAUUAAAAACAAAAAGAAUAACAAGCUUUUAAGUUUAAGGGAUAUUAGUAAAACUAGAAUAUUCAACUAGGAAACAUUUUUUAAGACAAAUUAUCUAGCAAUAUAACAACAAACAAAUCCUUCAACUUAAAUUAAUUUAGACGGUCUCCAAUAAUUAAAUAAAAUUAAGAUGAAUCUAAUAUUUCUAAAUUUAAACAUUAAGAUAAUUUAAAUAAUGAAUAAUGUAAAUAAUUUUUUAAUCAAUAAUAAAAAGAAAAAUUUUAAAACUAUAGAGAAUCCUGCUAAUAAGAGUAUAAAUUUAAUAACACUUAAUAAAAUUUUUAGUUAUUACAAAAUGACUGUGCAAUUACUAGGCUAUACUCUAAAAAAUCAAGCAAUUCUAAUAUUAUUUCUCCUAAGUCAAAUGAGAGAUAGGUUACUAAAAAUUAAGCUGAUUUUAUAUUUUAAUCUCAAGAUCCAAAUAUUGAUAUUUAUGAAUGCCAAUGCUAAAAGGUACCAUCUCUUUAAGAAGAAAAUAAGAAAUUUAGCUUUGGAAAUUUAAUAAAUCGAUUUAUUCUUAAAACGCUUAAUUGUAAAUAACAAAAAGGCAAAAACAACACGUGUCUAACAGAUUUGGGAAACCAUGAAAAAGAAUUUUUAUAUAAAUAUGCUGUAAAAUAUAUGGAUAUCUAAUAAUUAUUUAAAGAUAUCAUAUUUCUAAAAAAAUCUAUUAUGAUUUUGUUAACAAAAGAAUAAUUAGCAGCUAUUAAGUUAGUAGGAUAUUCUUCAAAUUAUAUUGAGCAAAUACCUGUAAAAAAUUAACAAAAAGAAAAAAAAUCUAAUUACUUUGAGAAGCAGCUAGAUAUUUUAAAUUCAAUAGACUUGUAAUCCAAAUAUUUGUAAAAAUUUAUUAAAAAAUACAGCUUAAACAAGAGUUUAGAUAUUGUAGAUUAAAGAAUUUUAUCUUCAAUAAACUUCUUCUAAAAACCUUGA